UCACUUAAACGUGGGGAGGAGGGGGCGGGUCGAGGGAAAAAUGGCGUCGCUGUCGGGAAACGAGCCGCAAGCGAUGGAAGUGGACAGGAAGGGAGAGUCAGAGGAGUCUGGCGACGAUGAGACGAAGCGAAGGAGCCUCAAUGGGGAGGUGGACCCCCAGCAGUCCUCCCUGUCCGGGAAGGAAGAAUCUCCGGUCGACAUGGACACCAUAACUCUGGAUCCAGAGGAAGAAGAUGUGGAUCUGGUUCACUGUCGUAUUGGGAAGAUUGAGGGGCUGGAGGUGUUACAGAAGGCAAAGACACUAUCAUUGAGACAGAACCUCAUCAAGAGAAUUGAAAACCUUGAGAGUCUUGUCUCUCUGCGGGAGCUGGAUCUCUAUGACAACCAAAUUCGGCACUUAGAGAACCUGCAGGCUCUGACCCAGCUUGAGGUGCUGGAUGUUUCCUUCAAUGUCCUGCGUAAGAUUGAGGGACUAGAGCAGCUGACGUGUCUCAAGAAGCUGUUCCUGCUACACAACAAAAUCAGCUGUAUCGAAAGCCUGGACCAUCUGACCAGUCUGGAGAUGUUGGAGCUGGGGUCAAAUCGCAUCAGGGUGAUUGAGAACCUGGACUCCCUCUCCUCUUUGGAUAGUUUGUUCCUGGGCACCAAUAAGAUCACUCAACUGCAGAACCUCGAAGGGCUACACAAUCUGACUGUCCUGAGUAUUCAGAGUAACCGCAUCACCAAAAUUGAGGGCCUUGGUACCCUGGUGAACCUGAAGGAACUCUACCUGAGCCACAAUGGCAUUGAGGUCAUUGAGGGUUUGGAGAACAAUAAAAAGCUGACCACUCUGGACAUCGCUGCCAACAGGAUAAAGAAGGUUGAGAACAUCAGUCACCUGACAGAGCUACAGGAAUUCUGGAUGAAUAACAACCAAAUAGAGAACUGGGCUGACCUUGAUGAGCUGAAAAACGCCAAAGGUCUGCAGACCGUGUACCUGGAGAGGAACCCCAUCCAGAAAGAUCCACAGUACCGGCGCAAAAUAAUGCUCGCGUUGCCCACCGUUCGACAAAUUGAUGCCACCUUCAUCCGCUUCUGACCUGUGAUACAUGAGCACAUGUGACCCUGCCCUUCACCUCCCCUUAAACCUGUCACACACACCCGCUUCCCACACACACAUACACACAACUGUGUACACAUGCAUCACGUACACGCCUUUCUCGCUCUAAAAUACAUUCUUAUUGCACUCACGUGUGUACCAGUUCAUGCACAUAUGUCAGAUCAAGCAGAUGGUUGUGUUGCUACAGGAAGCUUGAAGGUGUGAGACCCGUAACCCAGGAAUUCAAACCCCUUGCAUGUUUGUGCAUGUCCCUUAUUUCCCCCUUCCUCUACAUCCCCCCAUGAAGCUCCACAUGGGCUUCAUAGUCCGUUCACAUGUUGAUAGAAGGCACACUCGAGAGCAGUGCAGUCCGAGAGCUUUAGGCCAUUUCUUAGCAGUAGAGGAGAGCAGCCUGAAGACGGCUACACACUUCGGUAUUCUUCGCCCUGAUGCCCAACUCCUAUGGCCAGUAGCAUUUGGAAAGUAUGGUCUCACAUACAGAGAUGCACAGAAUGCUCACUGUUGGGAAGGAAUUAGUAGCUCACUGAACAAAUGACAUUGCAGUAAUACACCCUCAAUCUAGUAUUGCUCAGUUUUGUUAAUUUAUUUUGCGAUCGAAGAGCCUGUUCAGCUCUGACAGAUUCUGUAAUUUGUGAAGGGGCCCUGUGGUACCCACAGUUUAGAGAAAUCUUCCCCUGGAAGGUUGUGUAUAUUUUAUUUAAUUUUUUUUUAAAUUUUCUUAUGUUUUUAAAGAAUAAAUUCUAAGAGGAUAGCUUCCUUUGUGCAGACUGUGUUUGUUGCCUGAACUUGUUUUCGGCUUGCUUGGGGCAGUGUGAUGCCCACAAAGGCAGGAGCCUCGUCACCUGCUGACCACUCCAAGGUCCUAGUAUGGAUGUCAGCACACAUACUUUUGAGGAGCCCUUCCAGAUGCAUUUUUGGGUGCCACGUGCUGAAACCUUUGGUUAAGUCCAUAUCUAGUUUACAUAUGUAUAUAAUGGGCUAGGGUCUGGGUUGGCAAAUUGGCCCAUUGUGGUCCCAUGUACAGCCUGGUUAUGGAUCACCUGCCCAGUGAAUGGACACAAAGUUCUCAGGUGCCAAUGGUCUGAGGUUCCUGCUAGUCUUAUAUUUCAAGUGUUUCAUGAAAAGUAUAGUUUAGGUGGUUGAGGGGCUUUUUUUUGCUUAAUGUUUUUAAGUGCUGUAUUACACUGAAUGUAUUAUAAAGUAUGAAAUAAAGUUGUU